UGCAGUCGUUAAAUAGAGUCCGACCGGCGUGACACGGGCUUCCUCCUCCAGCCACGAACGCCGCCUCCGCCACGAUGCCGCCGCCGACGCUGAUGCUGCUGCUUCUGUCACUGACUCUGCUCAGCACGGGCCGCCUCUGCCAAGCACAGAACCCGCGGCUGGUGAUCGACGUCGAGCCUUCGUCCGCGGUGGAGCACACCGUGGUCACCCUCUCCUGCUUGCUGCUCUACGUGGAGGACGACAACACGACCUUCUCGUGGCACACGCCCGACGGGGUCAACGUCUCGCACUUCGUGUUCUCCGAGGACAACCGCAGCCUCAAGAUCCCGAGCGUGUCCCGGUCACACGACGGCACGUACGCGUGCCAGGCCCAGCUGCCAUCCGGCGAAGAGCUGCGGAGGGAAAAGCGACUGGACGUGCACUACGGACCCGAGUCGCUGAAGCUGUCCGUGCGCCACAAGAUCGCCAUCCACACGGACGGGAGCGCAACGCCGUUCGCGGUCAGGUCCGGCGAGUCGGCGAACCUCUUCUGCGACGGCAAAUCCAACCCGCCCAUGGAAAUCCGGUGGAAGAAGGACUCCGUCGUGCUGGAGACCUACACCAAAAACCUCAUGCUGAGCAGCAUCCAGCUGGAGCACACGGGCGUGUACACCUGCGAGGGUUUCAACGAGGUCACCGGGGUCAAGAUGGAGGCGUCCAUUAGGUUCUUCUUGCAGGAGCCCGUGAGCAAGCCGUGGCUGGACAUGGACAAGACUAAGAUCCUGGAGCGGAGCGGCUCGGUGAGGAUGAAGUGUAACCACAAGGCCAUUAAGGAGUGCUGGUACGUGUGGCUCUGGAAGGGUUGGCCCGUGCCAGUGGACAGUGACAGACGCUACACGCUGUCCAGUGUCGGGGACGCCCUGGAGCUCGAUUCCGUGUGGAUGGGCGACGCCGGGGAGUUCCAGUGCCUGGUGCAGAACAACGUGAGCGUGGAGACGAGCGAUGCCGUGCACCUGCAGGUGACCGGCGAAGAUUCGGAGACCAUGAAUCAAGUGAAGGUGGUUGUCAUCGGCCUGGGAACCCUGUUCAGCUUGGUCGGUGUAAGCCUUCUUGUUUGUUUCCUUAAAAAUAAAGUGUAACUCUUCAUCAUCACCAUCACCCGUAUCAUGUUCACAACCCGUCAUUAAAUCCAUCCCUCCCAACUUUUGAAAAGCAUCGCCCUUCAUGAUCACCGCCAUUAUCAUCAUCACCACCACCAGCAGCAUCGUCAAAAAGUGAAGCCGGUUGCUCGCUCGAGCCAAAUUGAACAUCGGAUACAAACUUGCAGAGUUAUCAACGCAACUGUGUGAAAUUCCAAGGUAGUUUUCGACUUAUUUAAGUGAAGAUACACACACUCAUGACAAGUCACAGCAAGGCCGCAAUGCAGUAAAUGUCUUAUACAUGCAUCCAAUGUAUGUUGAAGUCUACUUAUGCAAUUUGAUGCACAUGUUCGGUCAUUCAAAACAAAGAUAGGUAUCGGUCAAAACCGAAGCCUUUUUACCACCCCCUUUCAAUACGAUUCUUAAGCAUCAUUGUGAACAUCACCAGCACUACAAACUCCCGUCAUUUCUAUAUUUAUAUUCAUCACAAAGCAUCGGACAUAAUAACAACCACUUUCACAGCCUUCACUAUGCAUGUAGGGACAUCUCCCUCGUGAUUGAUACGCGACUGUGAUGUAUUGGAAUUCUAAAGAUCAGCGGUGGGUGAUAACGUUUGAAAUUAAAGCCGUGUUGUCGAAAAUGCAAAGCCAAAACAAAAUAAAGAACCUACAAAGACAUGAAA